GUUCUCUUACGUCAGGUUAUUCACGAGUUUGAUCAGAUUCAAUCAGAUUCUCUUUAUCCGUUUAAUGAAUCUCAGUGCACUAAAAACUGUGCACUUUUGUAACUUUUUCCCAUCAGUGUUUUAUUUGUGGCGUUAGUUUAAUUUUAUAAAGUUGAUAAAUUAUGAAGAUCUGGACAUCGGAACAUACAUUUAAUCACCCUUGGGAAACAGUUGCUCAAGCAGCAUGGAGAAAAUAUCCAAAUCCCAUGAAUCCUGCAGUAAUUGGAACUGACGUUAUUGAAAGAAAAGUUGAAAAUGGUGUUUUACAUACACAUCGACUGGUUUCCAGUAAAUGGGGAUUUCCUAAAUGGGCACAAGCUAUAAUCGGACAUGCGAAUAUUUGUUAUGCCAGCGAACGAAGUGAGGUUGAUCCGACCAACCGAGAAAUGGUUCUUAGAACGAGAAAUUUGACAUUUGGCAACUAUAUCGAAGUUGACGAAACUGUAAAAUAUUUACCUCAUCCUCACGAUGCAACCAAAACUCUACUUACUCAGGAAGCUGUCGUCUUAGUACAAGGGGUUCCUCUAACACAUUAUAUGGAAGAUCUUUUGACUUCGAGAAUUUCUUUCAAUGCGGGAAAGGGAAGACAGGCUAUGCAAUGGGUGAUAGACAAACUCGAAUCAGAAGUUAAAGAUUUUGCAAGCAGUGCUGUAAAAUCGACUGACGAACUUCUGUGUCAAACACGACGUCAAAUUGAUGACCUAACAUCGAAAACAAUGCGAAGUAUGGAUGAUUUACAAAGUGCUGCGAAAAUAUCGCUUGACGGUAUUCAUAAUUUGACAACACCACCAUCGUCUCAAUCAAUGCCAAAAUUAUAGCGAAUGUUGCGUACUAGUUUCAAUCUUUUCAAUUAAUUUUGGCAGGCUUCCUAAAUAUAAUUAAUUCUAAAAGUAAUUCGAAACAAAGAUGCAAAUUUUACAAUGACUCUAUAUGCAAAACGUUUUAAAAAAUACUUUGGCAUUCAAUGUUUUAUAGAAACCUUAUUUGAAACUUACUGCCAAUUGAAUAUUAAAGCAGUAGAAUAAGCCUGCAACAACACAAGUUAGUAUAGCAAUUUAUUACAAAAAUAAUAAUAAUAAUAAAAAAAAACAGAAUAAUCAAUGUAUAAAAAUUUCAAAAACAACUCGUAAGAAAAAUUUUUAACCAAAACUAUUUCAACAGAACAUGAUUUUUCGAGUUAAUUUUUACAAUGAAUGUAUGUAUGUAGUUAAAAAAAUGUCUUGAUGUAAAAAUAUGAAAUAUGUAAGUAUAUAAAAAUGAAAAAAGCCCUUUAAACGGUAUUAAUUUUACACUCAUAGCGAUAAAGAAAAGAUACACAUUGGGCUGGCGAAAUACACGUUUCUUUUUUACAAAAAAAAACAUUUGAAAAGAGAAUUGACUUAGAACAAGGUGCCAUGGCACAUAAGUAUAUAUUUUUUUCAUUAUUUUUGCGCUAUUUAUACGAAAUAGCAAAAAAAAAAAUUCUAGAUGUUUAUUAAAGUGAAACAAGAAACAUCUGAUUUAGGUGCUUCAAUUUUUGUAAAUAUUCAAAACAGUAUAAGAGAAUGUUAUGUUUGAUAAGCGAACAAUUUUUUUGUUCAAUUUGAAUGACUUUAAUAAUAAAUUUAACAACACAGUUUCAAAUAUAAAAAUUCAUUUAUUUCAAUUAUUGAAGAUCCUAAUUGUAAAUUGCUUUCUGUAGAUAGUUGAAUAAAAAAAAUGAAAACUUA